UCAUGUCCGAACUCUAAGGUCUGAAUCUGAUUCGAGCAUCUUAACUAAAGUCCUGAUCCUCAAUUCUGAGCAUAGACAAAGUAAUAUGUUUAUAACUGAAAAACUGAAUUGCAACAGCACUUACCUGUCGUCGGCGGGGCGUGAGCAUGACGGUUCGGGUUUUUCUGAAAAUUUACUGACUGAAAACUUAUCAGAGACGCAGAAACGUGCUCUGAUACCAAUUGUAACACCCCACCUUACUGUAAAAUCAGAGUUGCGCAAUAAUUCGCAAAUAAUGUUAAUCUUUUUCAAUGUUCAGAUGCCGCCUCGUAGAGAGCCCGAUCAUCAGGGUCCUACUCAGGCUACGGUAGUCGCUCAGUUCCGCGACUAUCACGCAGAGAAGUUUUCAGGACAGGGCGACCCCCGGAUCGUUGAUGAAUGGAUUCAGGGGUUGGAAUUUAUCUUCGAAGUUAUGGAAUGCCCCGAUAGGUUUCGCGUAGUCUGCGCUCAGCUUCAGCUCACUGGCGAUGCGAGGCUCUGGUGGAAUGCCUACUGGAGCAUGCGUCCCGGUGAAAAAGCGGGUUGUACAAGGGACAUGUUCAAGGAUCUGGUCCGUGACAAGUACUACCCUUCAUACUAUCGGGCAGAGAUGGAGCGCCAGUUCUUAGCGCUUCAGCAGGGAACUCGUACUGUCGAUGAGUACGAGCGUGAGUUCACCAGACUUGCAGGUUUCGCACCGGAUCUU